CUCUCGUCAUACGUCUGGGGUCAGAGUUGAAGGGUUAUAUCCAAUAUGGCGGCUAACAAACGAGUGUUGUAUGUCGGUGGUCUGGCAGAGGAGGUGGAUGAGAAGGUUUUACAUGCAGCAUUCAUUCCGUUUGGAGACAUCAUAGACAUCCAGAUACCUUUAGACUAUGAAACAGAAAAACACAGAGGAUUUGCCUUUAUUGAGUUUGAAUUGGGAGAGGAUGCUGCAGCAGCGAUUGAUAACAUGAAUGAGUCUGAGCUUUUUGGAAGAACUAUCCGCGUUAACAUAGCCAAACCCAUGAGAAUAAAAGAAGGCUCAUCUCGACCAGUAUGGUCGGAUGAUGACUGGCUGAAAAAGUUCUCAGGGAAGACAGCAGAGGAGGCUGAAGGCGAGGCGGCCAAUGAAACAACCAACACUUCAGCACAGGAGGCUGAGCCUCCAGCUAAAAAGGGCAGAGUUAAUCCUCAGGUUUACAUGGACAUCAAGAUUGGAAACAAACCAGCAGGGAGGUUGCGCUUUCUUCUUCGAGCUGACAUAGUUCCCAUGACUGCAGAAAAUUUCCGCUGCUUGUGCACACAUGAGAAGGGCUUUGGCUUCAAAGGGAGCAGCUUCCAUCGCAUCAUUCCUCAGUUCAUGUGCCAAGGAGGUGACUUCACAAACCACAAUGGCACUGGUGGCAAGUCCAUCUACGGGCGAAAGUUUGAUGAUGAAAACUUUGUCCUCAAACACACCGCUCCAGGUCAGCUCUCCAUGGCCAACUCUGGGCCAAACACCAAUGGCUCUCAGUUUUUCAUAACCACAGAUAAAACAGACUGGCUGGAUGGUAAACAUGUGGUGUUUGGAGAUCUGGUGGAGGGGAUGGAUGUGCUCCGUGCAAUGGAGGCUCAGGGAUCAAAAGAUGGCAAGACAAAGCAGAAAGUGAUCAUCUCUGACUGUGGAGAAUAUGUGUGAACAAUAAAGUUAAUUUUGUACGUCUGUUUAAACUGUCUGAGCAGGAAUUUGUCUUCUGAUUUUUGUACUAAAUACACAUCAUCACCCAUGUAAAUAUUUCAAUAAACUUCCUCUUUUUAUAAGAA